AUGAUUCAACAAAUUAUUAAUAACAAGAGAAUCUAUAACAAUUUGGUAAAAGAAAAGAAUGAGAGAAAAUUAAAAUUAAAUACAACAAAUGCUAUCACUACUACGAAUAAUGAUAUUGUGAUUUCAAUUGAAGAUGAAGAGAAAACUAAUGAUGAAAGGGGAGAAAAAAACAACAAUGGUUCGGAAGAUUAUUAUGUUCUAGAAAAAGGUUAUGAUGAUAAUAAUUCAGAAGAUUCAGGAGAUGAGGGUGAUAAUAAUUACAAAGGUUCAACGCAUGAAGAGAUUCAAAUUUAA